ACCCUACAGCAGGUUUGGGCAGUUCUCAUGUUUACCUGUCUUCCUGAAUAGCUCCACCCCUUACCAUCAGACUUCCUGUGUCAGGUGUGUGUGUAAACUGAGCGGCAGCACAGGCAGGGCAGACUGAGAGGCUAAGCUGCUCCAUGCUCGUCUAGAACACACUACUCCUGAUGGUCCCACACACACACCCGGUGAAUCUGACACCACAGAUUCUACAAAUCUCUAACUACGGAUUCUACACGUUUCCAAACACCGCGAAGAGUUGAGACGAACAUGUGACAGUUGAGGCGAGUCCCCUUCUGUCUCUCUGUUCUCUCUAGCGCUCUUGAUCUGUCUCUCUGGAACAGUACUGAUCUCUAGGAUUACCUGUGCAAGGAAAACAUUUGGGACACUCAAGGAGGAGAGGGAAGUCUUAAAUCCUAGUCCUAGUAAAAGCUGACCAAACAAAAGUCUCCCUCCACCAUACACCCAAUCACAGCUUGCAAGCUCCACUCAUACCCAUCACUGCCAUAUUUAACCUGUGAUGGAAACAGUGGAGUCAGAUUGCAUGGAAACAGCAGUUGGUGAUGCCAUAGUAGAUGAGGAGGAAGUGGCAGUAGCCAUGGCUAUCAAUGAUGCAACAGAAGUGGGGCGAGAAGAAGGAGGUGCCAUGGCAAUUGGUGAUGCUCAGUUUGAGCAGCCGAAAGAAGAAGCAGGUGCCACAGCGAUGCCGACUGGUGAUUCUGCAGAAAUGACAAGUACAGGUGCCACAGUGACCCAAUUCGAUGGUGCCUCAGAGACCCCAUUCGAUGACGCACUGCUUGCGAUGCCAAGCAGUGGUGCUACACCAAUUCUAAUUGAUGGUGUUACAGCAAUGCCAGUUGAUGGUGACAUCGAAUUGCCAAGCAAUAAUGCCAGAGCAACACCAACCACUGGUGCUACGGCCAUGCCAGCUGAAGGUGCCAUAGCGAUGCCAUUUGAUGGUGGCAUGGAAUUGCCAAGCAACAGUGCCACAGCAACACCAACCACCGGAGCUACGGCCAUGCCAGCUGAUGGUGCCAUAGCGAUGCCAUUUGAUGGCGGCAUGGAAUUGCCAAGCAAUAGUGCCACAGCAACACCAACCACUGGUGCUAUAGCCAUGCCAGCUGAUGGUGCCACAGCAAUGAUAUUUGAUUGUGGCAUGGAAUUGCCAAGCAAUAGUGCCACAGCAACACCAACCACUGGUGCUAUAGCCAUGCCAGCUGAUGGUGCCACAGCAAUGAUAUUUGAUUGUGGCAUGGAAUUGCCAAGCAACAGUGCCACAGCAACACCAACCACCGGUGCUACGGCCAUGCCAGCUGAUGGUGCCACAGCAAUGCCAUUUGAUGGUGGCAUGGAAUUGCCAAGCAACAGUGCCACAGCAACACCAACCACCGGUGCUACGGCCAUGCCAGCUGAUGGUGCCACAGCAAUGAUGUUCAGUGUUGCCAUGGACUGUGAACCCUCCACCACUGAUGUGGAUCUAUGCAAGGUCUGCGGGCAGUGUCACUUACUGGAUGAGAACCAUGAGUACAACUACAAAGACGAGGUGGAUGAUGAGCUCACAUGCCACAUCUGCCUUCAGCCCCUAAUCUCUCCAUUGGACACACCAUGUGGACAUACCUACUGCCAGGAAUGUCUGACCAACUUCCUUGUAGAGAGUGAUUUCUGCCCAGUGGACCGUGUGCCCAUCCUGCUGCAGAACUGCCGCAAAUCCAAUGUGCUCGUAAACAAGCUGCUGGACAAGCUGACCGUGUUCUGCCCGUUCAGGGAGCACUGUUCUGAGACCAUGGCGAGGGGAGAGCUGCAGGGGCAUCUCUUGAGCAGAUGUAAAGGAGCGUCACAUUAUGGCUUGUCGGCUGAGAGAAAGCGCCGCUCGCAGGAAGGAGAGUGUACUGACAGCACAUCAGAGCUCGCUCUGGCAGCCCUGCCUGCUGAUGGCCCCGCCUCCAGUGCCAUGGCCCUUCUAUCAGACGAGCCUGGCCUCGUCAACCCUGCCUAUGAGCCUGGCAUGGAGGACAACAGCCAAUCAGGGAGCACCACCAGCCUGACAACACGCAGCAACUCCAAGAAGAGUGAGUUCCGUAACUUCGACCGCUCGUCUGUGAGGAGUCGCUCAUUCCGGCGUCUGAACAGGGCGUUCAGCGUGCUCAGGAGGACCAAGAGCGGCACAGCAGUGGUCCACGACAACACAGAGGAAAGAGACAACUUCAGAAAUGCCAGCGUACCACAAGAAGUUUUUGCUCUGCCUCAGCUCCAUCAUCUUAUUCCGGAUGGUGAGAUCACCACGGUUAAGAUCACGCGCUCUGACCCCUGUGAGCCGUUGGCCAUCAGCAUCGUGGGGGGAAAUGAGACCCCUCUUGUGCGCAUCCUUAUCCAGGACAUCUAUAGAGAAGGAGUCAUUGCCCGCGAUGGAAGACUGCUGCCUGGAGACAUGAUCCUCAAGGUGAACGGUAUCGACAUCACCAAUGUCCCGCACUGCUACGCCCUUGCAGCUCUGAAGCGUCCCUGCAUGCUGCUCAGGCUGACCGUGCUGCGUGAACAGCGCCAUCGUUACCGCGGGCAUCACCACCACCACCAUCACGUGCCUCAGCCGGGCGAGCUGCUUUACCCGGGCUCUGGCGGCAGCGUGAGGGACGACAGUCUGCACGUGGUGCUGCUGAAGGGUGCGCCCGACGAGCAGCUGGGUAUCAAGCUUGUGCGCCGACCCAACGAGCACGGCGUCUUCAUCUUCCACCUGCUAGAAGGAGGUCUGGCGGCACAGGACAGGCGUCUGCGUAUCGACGACCGUGUGCUUGCUAUCAAUGGACACGACCUGCGUUAUGGUGCUCCUGAGCAUGCUGCGCUGCUCAUACAGGCAAGUGUGGAGCGAGUGCACUUCAUCGUGUCGAGGCAGACUCGCGUGCCUGCCCCGGAUAUACUACAGGAGGCUCCAUGGAACAUGGAGGGACCCCCACCGUACUCCGCUGUGGACAUUGAGCAAUCACUGGUGGACUCGUGCCAAAAGCCCGGGUGUUAUGAGAAGACGGUGACUCUGGCUAAAGAGUCUAACGAGUCGCUGGGCAUGACUGUAGCAGGAGGAAUGAACAGCCACGGCUGGGACCUGCCUGUCUACAUCACCAACAUUGACCCCAGUGGCGUCGUGGCCCGUGAAGGCUCCAUCCACAAAGGUGAUAUCCUGUUGAACGUGAACGGCGUGGACCUGACUGGUGUGACUCGAGGCGAGGCGGUGGCUAACCUGAAGAACACCUCGUCCCCGGUGGUGCUGCGUGUGCUGGAGAUGAGACCACCUGACAUGAGCUCGGUGGACUGCAUGCCCCCCGCCGUGUCCUUGCCAUCCUCGCCCGGAGACGUCAAAAUGCCACUGCCCCACGAUGAUUACUCACCCCUAUGGGUGUCCUGGCUUCAACUGCCCAGACACCUGUACAGCUGUAAGGACAUCGUGUUGCGCAGGAGCACAUCGGGGAGUUUGGGCUUCAGUAUCGUAGGAGGUCAAGAGGAGCUCAACUGCAAUCAGUCCUUCUUUAUCCGCUCCAUCGUGGAGGGAACACCAGCAUACAAUGACGGCAGGAUACGGUGUGGAGACAUCCUGCUGGAGGUGAAUGGAAAGAGCACAUGGGGAAUGACUCACACUGCUCUAGUGCGCCUGCUGAAGGAACUGAGGGGCCGCAUUACUCUCACCAUCGUCUCCUGGCCUGGCAGCCUGCUAUAGGCCCAUGUUGCGUAGGGGAGGGGCUUAUUACAAUGACCCUAUGUUGGAGGUUGGAGUAUCACAACACAGGACAUGAUCCCUGCCCACAAUGAAUGGGCUUUUGGACAUGGACUUCCAUGGUAGGCAAGUCGUAUGAAAUGGGCCAGCGCCGUAGGAUGUGGGGCAAGGUGCUUUGGCCUCGUCCAGAUAUGAGGGACUGACAUGGAUCUCAGAUGCUGAAGGUGGGACAUAUGAUAGACUCUCUUCACAUGAGGACUCACCAAAGGUGUUAGCCAUUGGAAAGAUCAGUGAUCAUCCAGUGUGUAGGUGAUUCAGGUUGAACACCCAAGAGUCAGUGUGAUAUUGCUAUUGCCAUAAUUUAUUUGGUUGCCUGUGCACUCGAUAGCCCCCGCCUUCGCUGAUAUGAUCAUUUAGGCACAGGAAGCAGACCCCUGCACCCUCUGUCACUGAGGCCACAUACGCAAGGAGCUGAUAACAAAAAGAAGCACCUAGAAGAACCAUGGUCACACAUUAUGAGGAUAUGAUAUAUGUGUGAUAAAGUGUAUAUAAAAAAAUACUCCUCUGUGGGCAAUGUGCAAACAUAUUUCAUAAGUGUUGCUGCUUUGAGAUGGAAAAGAAAGGACUUCUGGGAUAAAGUUCAGAGUUUGGGGUUGCCAACUCCAAUAGUUUCUGUGUUAGAACACACAUUUAAGUGGGCACACUUUUCUUUCCUGUGAAUGUUAGUGUGUGUAGUGGGGGUGGGGGAGGGAGAGACCAAUUCAAGCGUUCGUACUAUGUACUAUGGCGACUGUUUCUUUCAUUUGUUUAUUUACUUCAUAUGGCCUUUUUGGAUAUUGGCUUCGCUUUGUUCGUUCUGACAGCAAUGCGUUUUCUCCACUGGAGAAAGUAGGUUUGUUUUUGUCUGUGUUGGUAUGUUUCAGAUGCUGUUGCAAAGAAAAUAUAUAUCUUUGAGUAUUAUGAAAAAAAAAACAAAGAAAUCAAUCGACUAAAUAAAAUAUAAAUAUUGUUCAUAACGCUUUUUAAAAAAAGGAUAUAUACACACACACACACACACACACAGGUGCUUGAAAGUUUAUGAACCCUUUAGAAUGUUCUAUAGUUCUGCAUAAGUAUGACAUCAAACAUCAUCAGAAGUCUUAAAAUUAGAUAAAGAUAACCCAAUUAAACAAAUGGGACAAAAAUAUUAUACUUGGUCAUUUAUUUAUUGAGGAAAAUUAUCCAAGUUUAAUAUUUUUGUUUAACUGGGUUCUCUUUGUCUACGUUUAGGACUUCUGAUGCAGAUAUAUAGAACAUUUUAAAUGGUUCACAAACUUUCAAGCACCACUGUAUGUUAUAUAUAUAUAUAUAUAUAUAUAAACAAA